AUGUUUGCAACUAAUUUUUUUCUAUCAAAAUUUUUUGCUAAAGACUCCUUCAAGAAAGAUCUUGCCCUCCCAAUCGGGUACAAUGUGGAGACAGAUGUUGCCCAAUUGGUACUAUCUGCCUCGCCUCCAGUAAUGGUCCUAAUUGCGUGCACUAAUCAUGCACGUAAAUUAUUUUUUAUUAUAGUAUUAUGUCCAGAUAUAGUGAAAUUUUUAGUAAUGCAGUUAAUAUUUGAAUGA